GCCAGACGGUGGUACCGCCCGCCCGUCGUCUUGUGCGUCGUUUUACGUUUCUGUACACCAGCCAACAAAACGACACGGAACCGUAGCGGCGUCGUGCGCGUGCAUUUCCUGCGCGUUCACUGCUGCCGUUCGCUGUACACGACGCUCCGUCGGCCGUGUGAGAGCGCUGCUGCCGUUCCCGUUGACGCCGCCGCCGCCGCCGCCACGUUGUGGACGACCCACGACCACACGGAUGGACAUCCGCGGUGGACGUGACAGGCGGCCGGGCGACAGGCGUCCGCACAGGGGCCCUCGGGCUCCUAGGCGGCCGCAGCUGUCGCACGACCUACAGCAACGAGUCGUGGUCGGUGCCGAAACGGCGGCCGGUCCGUCGGCCACGGCCGUCAGCCCUUACAGACCGCCGCCGCCGCCCCGGUUGGUACCAUCACCUCGACUGCCAAUGUCGCAGCAGCCACCGCCGCCACGAUUGUUGCCGCCGCAGACCGUACUGUUGCCAACACCUCCUCCAAAAUCGCCAGUGACGGAACAGCCGCAGACGCCGACGACGGAACAGCCGCAGACGCCUACGACGGAACAGCCGCAGCAGAGGUUACCGGUGACGGCGGUACCACAGCCGCAGCAGGAAUGCCGAGUACGGGAAUCCGGAGACGGAGUGGAAGACUGUAGCGGAACGGUGGCCGGAGGAAGCGGCGCGGCCGACGAAACCGAACUGUUGGCCAAACUCCGGUGUCCCAGCGAGAGCGCCGAGGUGAUCGCAGAACGGGAGAAGCGACGGCAGCGACGACGGUGCCCCGACUAUCCCGGACUGGCGCUUUCCAGUUCCGUGUUCAGCACGGAAACGGGCAUGAAGUUCAGCAUCAUCAGGAACGAACUGCACAACGUGCUCAAGCCGCAACUGCGACGGGCUGAAAGUGAAGUUGCUGCACUUAACAGGCGUAUCCAAUUGCUGGAAGAGGACCUUGAAAGGUCUGAAGAGCGCUUGGCCACGGCCACUGCUAAGUUGGCCGAGGCAUCUCAAGCUGCUGAUGAAUCUGAACGUGCACGUAAGGUGUUGGAAAACCGCAGUUUGGCUGAUGAAGAACGUAUGGAUGCCUUGGAGAACCAGCUAAAGGAAGCCCGUUUCUUGGCUGAAGAAGCUGAUAAGAAAUAUGAUGAGGUUGGCCGUAAAUUAGUCAUGAUGGAACAAGAUUUGGAAAGAGCUGAAGAAAGAGCUGAACACAGCGAUGCAAAAAUCGUGGAGUUGGAAGAAGAAUUACGCGUUGUUGGUAACAACUUGAAAUCCCUCGAGGUUUCGGAAGAAAAGGCCACACAAAGGGAAGAAACAUUUGAGGAACAAGUGAAAGGUCUCGGAGCACAGCUCAAAGAGGCUGAGGCUCGUGCUGAGUUCGCCGAGAGAUCGGUGCAGAAAUUGCAGAAGGAAGUCGACAGGCUCGAAGAUGACUUAACUGGCGAAAAAGAAAAGAACAAACAUCUACAAGAGGAAAUGGAGGCAACCCUGCACGACAUUCAAAACAUAUGAGUUGGUCGCCGAAAAGGAGAGAUUCAGAGACAUUGGCGACAGCUUGGACCUUGCGUUUGUCGACUUGUAUGGCAUCUAAACACAAACAACACACACACACAUACACACACUCAGACCUCUUCCUUUCCCGACUCACGAUUUCACUCAAUUUCAUCCAUUUCCAUCGUCUGUGUCUCUGACCCUACUCCAUCUACCAAACACUACAUUCCCUUUAUAAACAAAACAACAAAAUAUAAUUUUAAUACAGUGCUACUAACACCGUGUCUACGCGUUAAAUUUUUCGACACAAAACUUGUAACUUUUAGUUUAUUUUAGUGAAUUACUUGUACCUAAAUUUUAUUUUUAUUUUUAUUAUUUAUUUAUUUAAUUUUUGUUUUGCAAUGUAUUGUAUUUUAUAGCUUACUGAUUUUACAAUAUUAUUUCGGCUUUGUUUUACGCUUGUAGAAAAAUUGUAUGAAACGCCGUAGGUGUGACCUUUGACUACCCCGAAGUCAAUAAUUACAAAUAAAAUUAUAACGAUUAUUUUUCUAUAAUAACUAUUUUCUCUGUCCGAGUGAAAUCGUAUAAUGUCUAUCAAUACUUUGUACCGGCUGUGGCGUCACGCGUCCCUAAAAUGUUUUUUUUUUGUUCUUCGAAAAACACGUCUGUUGAAUAUAAUUAAUUUUUAUCCAAACGUUAUUAUUAUUUAUAUAUACGCUUAGUUUUUAUUUAUAUAACAUUAAAAAAAAAAACCAUAACCUAACUUUUGUCUAACUGUAUAUGUCUAUUUAAAAAAAAAAAAAAUGUAUUUUGUGAUUUAUAUAGAGCUUGUAUUGUUUUCGUUAUUAGUCAAAUAACUAACGAUAAAAAUAUAAAUGAAAAAAAUAAAAUAAUUUCUCAUAUAUAAU